AUCUUAACUUUUUACUAAUCCAUGCCUGUGUUUUACACGUGGGAAGUUAAAGUAAUAUCUAAGACGAGGUAUAAUUGUAAAUAUUGAAAGCUUUUAUCAUCAUAUUUUAUUUAAAUCAUGAAAAUAAAAAAGACAAAACCUGCAAGAGAAAAAGAAGAAACAAAAAAACAUGUCACAAAAAAGAAGAAACAAUUAAAAAAUGUAACUACAGAUGACUUUUUCAAUCAAAAAUUUGGAGAUAAAAUGAUUGAUGAUACUAGUGAACAAGAUCAAGAUAUGUAUGAAGAUGAUGCAAGAAGCAGUGAAAGUGACAUGGAUCCGAUAGAACAUAAAAAAUCUUUGAUGAGACUAAAGGACACAGACCCUGAAUUUUAUGCAUAUUUAAAAGAAAAUGAUAAGAAUCUUUUAGAAUUUAAUAUAUCGGACAAUGACAAUGAUAGUAACGACGACGUUAAAUCUUCAAACGAAUUAAAUACAAGACACAUACCCAAUAGUCAUUUAGAGGUUGCCAGCGAUGAGAGUGAUUAUGAAAUAGAUCAAGAUAAUGAAAUAAAGGAUAAAAAGAAACUUACGUUACAAUUAUUAAAGACAUGGCAAGAGGAAAUUCAGAAAGACAAAUCAUUGAAAACAAUUAAAUGCGCUAUAGAAGCUUUUCAUGCUGCAUUGCAAACUGUAGCUGAAUCUGCUGAUCCAGAAUCUCUACAAUAUAAAGUAGAGGGUGGAGCAGUGUUUAAUGGAGUUGUACAAUUGUGUAUAUUGUAUUUACCGAAUGCAUUUAAAAGAUACUUAAAGUUGAGUUCAGAAACUCAGUUUCACGCUCAUAAGGUUAAAAGGUUUGGAAAAGUGAAAAGUAUCCUCAAGUCGUAUUUGGUAGAUUUAAUUAAGAUUUUACAAAAUGUAACAUCAACCAAUAUUCUCACAGUUCUUUUAAAACAUUUACACCAAAUGUUGCCAUAUACACAGUCAUUUUCUUCAUUAACUAAACCAUUAUUGAAGCUUUUAUUAAGACUUUGGUCAACUGGUGAAGAAACUGUUCGUGUUGUUUCGUUUCUGAGCAUAUUGCGUAUCGCAACUAGUAAUCGAGAAUCUGUUUUAGAAACAUUAUUCAAGGCGAUGUAUGUAAAAUAUGUUGAAAAUUCCAAGUUUGUAUCCCUCACAACUUUACCUGGAAUUAAUUUUAUGAGACAUUCUUUAAUUGAAAUAUAUUUACUUGAUAAUGAUUUAGCUUAUAAUCAUGCCUUUUUGUAUAUUAGACAAUUAGCUAUCCAUUUAAGAAAUGCUAUGACUUUAAAAAGAAAGGAACAUUUCCAAGCUGUGUACAAUUGGCAGUACAUAAAUUCUUUGAGAUUUUGGUCGGAAUUGAUAAAUUUGUCACAAAAUGAUUCUAUAUUACAUUCACUUUUAUAUCCUCUUGUACAGAUUAUUAUAGGAACAAUCAAAUUAAUACCAACACCACAAUAUUAUCCGCUGAGAUUUCAUUGUUUACAGAUAUUAACAGAUAUUUCUAAAGAAACUGAGACAUUUAUACCUGUCUUACCAUUUUUAUUAGAGAUAUUAAAUUCUUAUGAUUUCAAUAAGAAACAUAAGGCAGUAUCAAUGAAGCCAGUGCCUUUCAUUUGUGUGUUAAGGAUGUCCAAGUCUCAAUUACAGGAAAAUGGUUUUAAAGAUAACGUUAUUGAUUCGAUAUAUAAACUUAUCUUAGAAAAUGCUGCUAAAGAUAGUCAUACAGUGUACUUUCCGGAUUUAUAUAUACCAUGUAUAAUACAGUUAAAGGCAUUUUUAAAACGAUGUCACAUAGCAAACUAUUGCAGAAAAAUGAAACAAUUGUUAGAUAAGAUUGAAGGGAACAGGACAUUUAUUGAGACUGAGCGUAGUAAAACCGUAAUGGAUUUAAAAAAUAUGUCAGAGAUAAAGAACUGGGAGAACAAGAUAAAAGUACAAGGCACAUCGUUAUUGAAAUUUUAUGAAUCUUGGAUAAAAAUCCAUCAGUCUCAAAAACUUAAAUUACUUACAAAAAAUGAAGAUAUCUCUGACUACAGUUUACCAUCUAUUAAAAAAUUGAAGAAAGGAAAAGAAAAUGGAGAAAAAAGCAGAGAAGAAAGCAGCGAAGAAAGCGAUUUUGAUAUAAGGAUAAAGUCUGACGAGGGAAGACUUGAAAAACGUUCUAAACCAAAAAGAAGGAAACUAAGAGCUAACAAAGACAUUAAGGACAAAGACAUUGAUUUACCUACGGAAAAUACAGAUAUCAUACGAGACAUCGAUAGUAACGAUUGGGAUUAAAUGUAAUUUACUUCACAUGUAUGAUAUAUGUAUGAUAAAUAGAUAUCAAUUAAAAUUUUAAUAAUUAAUAGAAUAAUAUUAUUUUUAGAAUUCAACAUAUUUAAUAAUAAAGAUUUUUGUUAUUACAAUUGAGUAAUUAAAAUUACACAAUUAUCAAUCUAAAAUUCUGUAAAACUAACAUACAAUAUAUUCUUCUAUUUUAAUUAGAAGAAAGAGAGAGAUUAUUUAUCGUGUAUUUACUUAUUUACGACAAAAUGACGAAAUGUAUUAACAAAGAAACUGCAGCAAGUUGUGAGGAGAUCGAAUGGGUGCUAUAACUUAUGUCGCGUACAGCAGCAGCCACCGAUUUCUGAGGUGUCGCUUUCUGAUAGUCUAUUUUUACCGAAGACGACUCAAGGCAGUCGGGAAGUUGGUAUAGCGAAGACUAGGCGCUAUUAUAAAGCAUCGUGUGCUUGGCGUGUAGUUUGCAUUUCAAGUGAACGUUGCAGAUAAG